AGCAGAUAAGAGAGUGUAAAUAUUUAUGGAAACAUUGAAGCUAGAAAAAAGAAGAAAAACUUCCUAAAGCCAUUAUGUAAUAUUGCAGAAAUGAUAUUAUUUCCAACCCAGAAGACUACUGAUCACUGGAGAAAAAAGAGCCUUCCAGUGUUCAUAGUACAAGACCUACCAUCUUCUCCGAUUUCUGGACAGAAUGUACAAUGCACUCCAGGAGAGAACAGACUACAGCAGGCAGAGGCAGCUGAAACCUCUCACCCACCCCUUCCUUCAGGAGGCUUCUGGACGCCAAGAGAGGGGAGCUUCAAGUCCAUCAGAGAUCAUGUUCAAAGGGGUGGGCAAAAGCUCGCCAAGCAGAAGCUCCCCAAGCAAAGGAUCCCCAGCCAAGCAAGCCAAAUCCUCAAGCAGCAAUGACUUGGCUGUGCUCAUCUCUCGCAUGCAAAAAAAUGCUGACCAGGUAGAAAAGAACAUUCUUGGAACACAAACUAAACUUAAGCAGGACAUCAGUAACCACCGGCAAAGCCAGUCUUUUGAGUAUCAGCAAGAGAAUGCCAAAAACCUGAAAGAAGCAGAGUUACUACUGAAAGAUCUCUUUUUGGAUGUGGACAAAGUCAAACGCCUGAAGCAUCCCCAGGCUUUGGAAAUAGAAAAAGACAUUAAGCAGCUCCAUGACCGAGUGGCACAGCAAUGUGCUGAAUAUCGAGAACUCUAUGAAAGGUUUACGGCUCCUGAAACUACAUCCAAAGUGGACUGGGCAAAAAUUCUAGAACAAAAGCAGAAACAAAUUAAUGCUGGGAACUAUGGCCCUACUAUGCCGGAGCUGGAGAAGCAGAUAGCAGAACACAACAUCCUCCAGAAGGAGAUAGAAGCAUAUGGCCUCCAGAUCAAGAAUCUUCAUAGUCCGGAUGUAGCAGAUAUAAAAAGCCGCUAUAAGGAUUUGCUGAAAUCUUCAAUGUGGCGAGGCCAGAGCUUGAACAGCCUUUAUACACACCUCCAAGGUUGCACUAAGGAGUUGGGCUACCUUGCAGAGCAGCAGAACAAGAUCUUGAAGCAAGAAUGGAGUGACCAAAUGAUUGAUCCCCAGACAGUGCGGCGUGAAUAUGAGGACUUCAAGAGCAAUGAGCUCCUUAACCAGGAAGAGUAUGUAAAUACACUCCAGGAUGACGGGGAGAGGAUGAUUCAGCUGAACCAUCCAGCUGUGGAGCCCAUCCAGGCUCAUCAGGAAGCCCUGAAGAGUGAGUGGCAGAAUUUUCUCAACUUGUGCAUCUGCCAGGAGAAUCAUCUGAAGAACAUAGAGAACUAUAGAAAGUUCUAUGAUGAUGUCGAUUCUGUGAGCCAGUCUUUAAACAAGUUGACCAAUGACCUUGAUACAAAAUACAGCAAGUUCAACAAGGACAGCCCAGGAGUGGUGUCUGACUUAAUCCGUCAGCUGGAGAAUGAUGAGAAGACUGUGAAAAAAGCUGAGAAGAACAUUGCUGAGCUGAAAAGGAGGAGCAAGGAGAUCAGUCCUUUGAAACUACGCAGAGUCCACACCUCCCAGCCAAUUACUGUGGAUACCAUCUGUGACUGGGAUUUGGGUGAUGUGCAGCUUGAGAGAGGUGAGAAGUACACUUUGAAAGACAACAGCAACCAGGAGAACUGGGUGGUGCAGAACACCAGCAGGGAGACUAAGGCAGCUCCUGCUGCUUGUUUCUCUAUCCCACCUCCAGAUCUAGAAGCCAUAGACAGAGUUAACAGGUUGGAAGGUGAGCUGAGCACAGUGAAGCAGAAGAGAGCUACGGUCCAGAACACGCUGAGAAGCAGCCACAAGGAGCCAGUUAAAUCCAGCCAUCAAGCUCCAGUCAGAAGCGACACCAUAUCUGAGGCUGACCCCCAAGCUGACCAGUUGCUCCAUAAGCUGGACACAAUUGAUGAUGAGUUGGGCCAGGUCAAGAAGGAAAUUUUUACCCGCAUGAGGUCACCACUAAAUUACAGUGACCCUACAGAGGACCUUACUCGUCGGAUCAGAGACCAAGAGGGAACAACAAGGAGAUUCCAAGCCAUAGGAGCAGAGAAAGAAGCUGCUCAGAAGGAGUGUGAAGCCUAUCUUUCCAAGAAGCCUGCUGGCACUUCUGCCUCUCAGCUCCCCGUGACUCUCAACAACAUCAAGAACAAAUACAAUGAUGUGAAGGUGCUCUCCAGGCUUUAUGAUGAUAAAGCCAAGGCAGGCCUCAAUCUAGAGAAUCAGAUCGAAAACAUGGACAAGAUCAUCAGCACCUUUGAGGCCAAAUUAUCUCAUGAUGGUACUAUCCCAGCCUCACCCAAUGCACUGCAGAACCGUGCCAAUGAACUUCAGAAACUGAAGCGAGAUUUAGUUAAACAGGAGGACAACUUGCUGAAAUUAAACCGUAGCCUCAAGGAUGCAGAGCACAGCUGCAGUGCUGUGCAGAACAACUUCCAAGAGUACUGCCCAGAUCUGCCUAGGCAGAAGAAGGAGGUCCAGCUCCUUAAUGACCGAUAUCAUGCUGUAGCUGAUCAACUGGAUCACCGGGAGAAGACACUCCGGAACACCAGCCUCACCUACCAACAGUUCCAGAAUUCCAAUGAGAACCUGAUGUUCUGGCUCAACAAUCUGCCCAGGUACCAAGUCAAGACCACAGAUGGGCCAAGUCAGAUCAACUAUAAGCUCCAGGCCCAGAAGAGGCUGGCUGAUGAAAUCCAGAGCAAAGAAUCUGACAAGAAUUCCGUAAUCAGCUUGUCCCAGAAUGUGCAGUCUGUUCUCAAUGAUUAUGAACUUCAGGCAGGAAAAUAUCGGUCUUCUCUGGACCCUUCUUUAACUGCUUCAUCUGCCAAACGCCUCCGGGUUACCCCACUUCAGGAGAGCAUCCAGGCUCAGGAAAAUAAUGUGACAAAGCUCUACACAGAGACAGCUGCUGAGAACAAAGAGCAGCUUAGCCGGCUGGAAUUUGCCAAGAAAGUUAUGGACAAGAAGGAAGUAAAUGAGGCAGUGCAGGUGACACAUGAACAGGUUCAGCAGUCUGAAAACACAGCCAAAUCACUGAGAGAAUCAGAAGCCCUGAAAUCUCAGCUGGAAGAGGAAAGAAGCCGGAAGACGAGGGCUGAGCAAGAACUGGAAGAACAGAGAAGCAAACUUCUGAUGUUAAAGACCCAGCGGCCUAUUGAAAGAGUGGAGGAGAAAGAAGUGGUGAAGUACUACAGAAAUCCAUCCCUGGAGACUGAACUGUCUAAAAUAUCUCAACAAACUGAGGAAGAACAUAGGAAGAGAAAGGCCUUGCAGACAGAAAUUGAGAUGAUGAGCAAUAAGGUCCUCCAAAUUGAGAAAGAUAAGAAAGUUGUGAAACCUCAGUUGCUUACUAAAGAGGUUACGAAGAUAGAAAAAGACUCAAGCUUAGAUGCCCAAGCAGCUAGACUGAAAGAAGAGAUCAGGCAUCUCCGGGAUAAUUCAAGUUCCUCCUCUGAACUUGAACAGCUGAGGAAAGAGCUGCAUUUGCUGGAGCAGAUGCAGCCAAAUAUCCGAGAGAAAGUGGUGGUCAAAGAGGUGGUCAAGCUAGAGAAGGACCCAGAGAUGCUAAAAGCAGUCAGGACAUUGCAGAUGCAAAUUGAUGAUGACAGUUUCAAGAGGAAAUCUGUGGUGAAUACAAUAGUGAAACUGAAAAUCAAAAUUGAAGAGCUUGAAAAGCUGAUUAAAACAGCUGAACCUAAAGUCAUUGUGAAGGAAGUAAAGCAAGUGGAGCAAGACCCAGAGCUUCUAAAGGAGGCUUCCAAACUUCAGACUCUUACUGAUGAGGAGAGGAACAAAAACUUGGCACUAGCAAGUGAACUGACAGAGCUGCAGAGUAAAUAUGGUGUUGUGGAGAAGCAAAAGCCUAAAGUGGAGAUUAAAGAAAGAGUUAGUGAGAUAUUCCGGCUUGACCCAGAAACAGAAGAGGAGAUUGCACGUUUGAAGAGAGAGCUCCAAGAAGCUUCAAGAAAAAGGACAAGAAUUGACCAGGAAGUGGAAACAGCCUUGAUGGAGCUCAAUGUUCUCAAGUCUCAAGCACCCACUGUGGAGUUUAAAGAAGUCAUCCAAGAGGUGGUGAAGAUGGAAAAGAGCCCCGAGAUUCUGAGAGAAAUAGACCGGUUGAAACAACAGUUGAAUGAUCUUGUGAAUACCAAUGGCAGGUCCCAAGAACAGCUGAUCAGGCUUCAGGGAGAACGGGAUGGGUGGAAGAGGGAAAGAUCUAAGGUCGAAACCAAGCUGGUUAACAAGGAAGUAGUCCGAUAUGAGAAUGACCCUCUUUUAGAGAAAGAAGCUGAACGCCUCCGCCAAGAAGUACGCAAUGCAUCACAAAAGAGGAGAGCAGCUGAAGAUGCUAUCUAUGAUCUGCAAAAUAAGUACAUGCUUCUGGAGAGGAGAAAGCCUGAGGAAAAAGUGGUGGUCCAAGAAGUAGUUCUUACCCAGAAAGAUCCAAAGCUCAGAGAUGAGCACAGCAGGCUGAGUAAGAGCAUGGAUGAUGAAGUGAACAACCGUCGGCGCCUCGAACGUGAAGUCCAGCAGCUUCGGGCAGUAGUAGAAGAGAAAGAGAAGUUGCUUAACUUCCAAGAAGACAGAAACAAAAGGCUUGCUUUGGAAAAGGAAAUGCGGCAGAUCACCUUGAGGAUAAAGGAAAUUGAGGAAAGCCCUGCCCCAGUUCAAGAGAAAAUAAUAAUGGAGGAAGUGGUCAAGUUAGAGAGAGAUCCAGUUCUUGAGCAGUCUAGCACCAACCUGCGGGUGGACCUGGAUAAUGAGAAGGCUCAAGUGCUGAAUGUGCAGAGGGAGUGCAAGAACCUUCAAUCCCAGAUUGACGUUCUGCAAAAAACCAAGUCCCAGGAAAAGACAAUCUACAAGGAGGUAAUCAGAGUAGAAAAGGAUAGAGUACUAGAAAAUGAGCGAGCACGUCUCUGGGAUCUGCUAAGCCGGGAGCGAACUGCACGGCAGAAUGCAGAAGAAGAUAUUAGGCGUCUGAAGGAAAAGAUUGAGAGAGCAGAAGGCAUGAAGAGGACUUGGUCCAGAGAAGAGGUUGACCUCCAGAAAACUCAGAAUGUGACAAUGCAAGAAAAAGCCAAUCUUGAGGAUGAGUUAAGGGAACUGGAAAGGCAAAAACAACAGAAAAUCAUCUUCCUUAGGGAACAGACCAAGCUCCUGAGCCAAAGGACAGAGAAUGACAGGCAAAAGAAAAUGCAGCUUGGUCAAGAGCUUUCUCGCCUUGAAUCAGACAUACUUACAGAGAAAGACCAGAUUUAUGAAAAGGAAAGGCAUAUCCGGGAACUUCAAUCCAGAGUCAACAAGGAAGAACUAAAUCACGAAACUCAGAUGAGAGAGACGAAUCUCUCCACAAAGAUCUCCAUUCUGGAUCCAGAGACUGGCAGGGAUGUGUCACCCUAUGAGGCCUACAGGAGAGGCAUGAUAGACAGGAACCAGUAUAUCCAGCUGCAAGAACUAGAGUGUGAUUGGGAGGAAGUCACAACCUUGGGACCCAAAGGGGAAGUUUCUGUCCUCCUUGACAAGAAGAGUGGGAAGCAAUACUCCAUAGAUGAUGCCCUGCGGUUUAGGAGGAUUACAAAGGAAGAAUACCAGCUCUACAAGGAAGGCAAGAUCCCCAUCUCUGAAUUUGCUCUUCUGGUAGCAGGAGAAAUUAAGCAGACGUCAUCCUUGUCUAUUGGUUCAAUCAUCUCCAGAUCUCCAGCUACAUCUCCUAUGUUCCAACAAAAGCAGAGCUUCUUUCCUCCUGGUCCACAGAUGGCCUUCUGUGACGAUACUUUUCCUAUUGCUGGUGUGUAUGACACCACAACUGACAACAAAUACAAUAUCAAAUCUGCUCUUGGCAAGAAGCUGGUAGACCCAUUGACAGCUCAGAAGCUUCUAGAAGCCCAGGCUGCUACUGGAGGCAUUGUUGAUCUUCUGUCGCGAGAUCGAUACUCUGUCCACAAAGCCAUCGAUAGAGGACUGGUUGAAAACACCUACAUGCAGAGGCUGCUGAAUGCCCAGAAAGCGUUCACAGGGAUUGAAGAUCCUGUUACCAAGAGAAGGCUGUCUGUAGGAGAGGCAGUCCAGAAAGGGUGGAUGACCAAGGACAAUGCCUUUCCCUAUCUACAGGUCCAACACCUGACUGGAGGGUUAAUAGAUCCCAAGAAAACUGGUCGUAUUCCUGUGUCAGAAGCUACCCAGACAGGCAUGCUUAGCAGUGAUUUAGCUAUGAUGCUGGAAGAUGAAUCCAGCUAUGAACAAGAUCUUGUUGACCCUAUCACCAAAGAGAAAAUUCAUUACAAAGAGGCCAUGGCUCGCUGUAGGAAAGAUCCUCUCAGUGGGCUCCUCCUCCUCCAAGCCAGCUCUGAUGGGUACCAGUCAUACCAGUCAGCAAACCGUUCACCCACCAUACCCCGGUUCAGGCACUGAGGCAAGCACCAUUGUCUUCAAUCCUCCCCGCCCUCCCAUAGCUUCAGGUGCUUUAAAUCCUCAGUAGAGCUCAGAUACUGUCCCUAGGUGUACAGGGUGCCUGGCACGUAUGAGUGUCUAUGUGCUAUUCUAGACAGCUAGUCUUACUUCCUUAUACCAAGGUAGUAAUCUGUUUCAAAGGAAAGAUGGUGCUGCUGAAGGGAGAAGGGUCUUAGUGCAGGUGUAGACUGUAGGGCAAUAAAGGAGAUUUUUAAACUGAACAAAUACGCUUUUACUCUGUGUCCUUGUCAAGUCUGAAGGGAUGUGUGUCAAGGUGCGUUGAACUAGAUCAUUGCUAUGCAUGCAAUAAAAAACAUGAAAAUAUG